AUGACGAGGCGAGGCCAAAAUCCUGAAGAAGGGCGACAGGGAGGAGGGACGCUGAAUAAUAUCGAGGAAGCAAAUCAACUGUUACGAGCCAUUUUACUUUGGACUGGGGAGGAGAAAGAAGUCUUGGAUGGACAACGAGACAUUAAGGACCUCCUGCUUAAGUACAAACUUAGGCCAAAUGAGAACACAUUCUUACCCCCGCUGGUCGUGUCUCUAGUUAAGGUGACCUGGAAGAACUCAGAGGAAUCGAAACCAUUCAAGAAAUGUAUGGCAUUCCUAAGCGGCUUUUUUCAACCUAUCGACUGCACGGAAGUGCAACUAAUGCGAUGGAUGCUCAAACAUCAACUCCAAGAUAAAAACGUACAGGAAAUUUGCGUUUACAACAACUACUCCCCUUGUUUCGGAUGCUGCACAAUGCUCUUGAAGCCCGAGUACGAUGUCUUGGUUGGUCAAAUGCACAUGAAGUAUCGAGCCCAGAGAGAAAAGAACACGGAAUUUCAGAAGCUGAAGGUAAAAAUGACAUGCCAAUCGCUCAGUAGAGCAGACAUGGAGGAUCUGGUAGAUCAGUCCGAAUUGGUGAUCAGUCCAAAUGGGUGGCAAGCAAUGGAAAAUCAACAGAAAGUUCACCUUCUGUACACCAUCUUCUAUUGGACUGGAGAAGAGACCAAACUCAUGAACGAUGAAAAGGAUGAAAAGAAAAAAGAAGCCCAAUUUCUUCAUUUUCUCUGGAACGAACGCGACAAGGACGUGGAGAAUCGGUCGCUUCAUUCGGGUGGAACGAGUGGAGAAACUAGAGCUGCCGGUUAUGUGGUUUAUCUUGCCUACAGGCUAGAGGAAAUCCGAACCUCGACCCAAGCUCAAAGCUGCGACCCCACGACGCCGAAACCGAGCGAGAAGAAACGCACUGAGCGAAACCCGGAAAACAUCCAGGAGGCGAGGGUCGUCGACCCCCUCCCCACCCAUGGCCUCGACUCGCCUCGACUCGACUGA